AAUCAGUAAUGGCCCCUCGGGGGCGCACUUUGGAACAGCAAAUAUUUGCUGCAGGCUCUCAGCUGCCCGCGCCCCAACCUCUGCCUUCGCCCUGCACGACGGACCUUCCCAGGCACCCGGGGGCACCCAGACUGGAAGCCCUGCUGCUGAAGAGCAGCGCUCCCUCGGCCUCCACGCUGACCGGAUGGCGGCGGUACUGCGCCUCCUGCUCCCCUGCCUCCUGGCCCAGGUGUGGCUGCUGCCCGGCACUGCCCAGGCGAGGCCACAGACCCCUGCUGUCCAGAAUGAGACUUCCCAGGAAGUGCAGGCCCCAGAGGAGGAGGAAGAGGAGCCCUGGCUGAUGGCCAGCGGGCACCAGCUCUCUGAACAGACCUCCAACUUGGGGUUCAGCCUGCUACGCAAGAUCUCCAUGAGGCAUGAAGGCAACGUGGUCUUCUCCCCGCUCGGCCUGUCCUUGGCCAUGGCGGCCCUGAUGCUGGGGGCCACGGGGCAGACCAGAGCCCAGCUGGAGGGCGUGCUCAGCCAGACGGGGCCCGGGCACCUGCCCGCCUUGUUUCAGCGGCUCAGACAGCACCUCUCCCGCAACCAGGAGCUGGGCCUCACCCAGGGGAGUCUGGCCUUCGUCCAGGAAGACUUUGAUGUCAAAGGGACAUUCCUCAAUUUGUCCAAGAGGUAUUUCGAUACCGAGUGUGUGGCUGUGAAUUUCCACAAUGCCUCGCAGGCCAGAAAGCUCAUGAAUCAUUACAUGAACCGGGAGACGCAGGGGAGAAUCCCCACGCUCUUCGAUGAGGUCAAUCCCGACACCAAGGUCAUCCUCGUGGACUACGUCUUGCUCAAAGGGAAGUGGUUGACCCCCUUUGACCCAGCCUUCACGAAGGCAGACACUUUCCACCUGAACAAGUACAAGACGGUUAAGGUGCCCAUGAUGUACAGCGCGGGCAACUUCGCCUCCACCUUUGACGAGAGACUCCGUUGCCACGUCCUCCAGCUGCCCUACCGAGGGAACGCCAGCAUGCUGGUGGUGCUCAUGGAGAAGAUGAGCGACCACCUGGCCCUGGAGGACUACCUGAGCACAGACCUGGUGGACACGUGGCUGAGGAACAUGAGGACCAGACACAUGGAGGUUUUCUUCCCGAAGUUCAAGUUGGAUCAGAAGUAUGAGAUGCAUGAGCUGCUUAAGCAGAUGAGAGUCACGAGAAUCUUCUCACCCUGGGCCAACCUGGGCGAGCUGUCGGCCAUGGCGAGAAACCUGAAAGUGUCUCAGGUUCUACAAAGAGCAGUGACUGAGGUGGAUGAAAAAGGAACCGAGGCAGUGGCAGGAACCCUGUCGGAAAUUAUAGCUUACUCCAUGCCUCCCAUCAUCAAAGUGAACCGGCCGUUUCAUUUCCUGAUCUAUGAAGAAACCUGGAGGGUGCCCCUAUUUCUGGGCAGGGUGGUAAACCCCGCCCUCCUGUGAUGGACGACAAGCACGAGGACGCGGUGCCCAGUGGAUGCCGAUCUGCCUGAGGUACGGGCACCCGCGCAGGCACUGGUGCUGGGUGGCAGGAAGGAUGGCUCCUGUCUGCUGCUGUUUGAGCCACUCUUAGAGAAAUCCGAGUGUUCAAGUCAAACUUAUUUUCAGGUGAGGUUUGCACAACCCGUUCGGUAUGUGCAGCUGCGACUAAGAGCCUUUGCUGCUGACCGAAGCAAGCUUGGUGGAAUGCCUUUGCCCUCCUGUUACUCACAUACCAGGACACUCUCCAGAUGAGCCUUUGGGAGGAAGACACAGACACAUUCUCCAUGAGUCACGUGCUUCACUCUCUACUUCCCUCUGGUGCAAAAUAAGCGUUUUCUUGUCAUCUGCUGUAGAACCAUUUCUUGCUGACUAAAAUUAGAAAAACAGCCCAGCCCUGUGGCUCAAUGGUUGAAUAUCAACCUAUGAACCAGGAGGUCAUGGUUUGAUUCCCAGUCAGGGCACAUGCCCGGGUUGCAGGCUCGAUCCCCAGUAAGGGUAUGCAGGAGGCAGCCAGUCAGUGAUUCUCUCUCAUCAUUGAUGUUUCUAUCCCUCUCCCUUCCUCUCUGAAAUCAAUACAAAUAUAUUAACCUGUCCUGAUCCCAGCGUCUGAUCAGCGCGGCCAUUUCCUCCAGGCAGGCGAGAGAUGCAGCACAUCACUUGGCAGAGGCAUUCGCUGAGCCUCAGGCCACCCCGUUCAAUACCUUCAUUUUACAAAGGACGGGGAUGGGGAACCAGACACAGGUCACAUUGUGACUUUCAAGGGCCCCAGGCACUCUUGGGUCUUUCCGACAUAAAAAAAGAUACGCAUAUUAAAAAUUUGAUUUUAUGACGGCAUUGGUAUAAUAAUGAAUACAUUAUGCACUGUGUUUGUCUUUAUACCAAUGCAGGUAAAGUAUGUAACUUGCUGAUUGCAAAAAGUAAAACAUUCAUGAGCCCCAGAAGGUAUCCUGGGCCUUAGGCACUGUGCCUACUGCACCUAAUGGAUGUGUCGCAGGAAGUGGCAGGAAAAGCAAAUGCUUGCCACGGUUACCCAGUGGCCCCGCCUAUUUCUCUUUUCCUUCUUUCCACCUAAACCGCCCGGUGAGGUCCAGCGGAACAGGCCGCGUGGGCUCGCUGCUCAGUCAGCCGCUGCGCUUAAACGAGAAGCCUGGCCCGCGCCGAGGCUACCAGGAAAACAGCCAAUCCCUGACGCUCUUAGCGGUCACUUUCUGUUACAGAGACAAGAAAGUAUUUUAGGAGUAAAUUCUGAGACUCGUGACUAGGGCUAACUCAUCUUGGAGUGUCAACUGUGUUAAUUAAAUGCCUAAUUGGAUUUCUAUCUGUUUGCUAUCAAUUUUAUACCUAAAAUUAAUUUUUUGAUUAGUCAUCUUAACUAUUAAUUUAAAUCAGAGUAUUGUGUGUCAUAUUAAUGUGAACACAUAGUAAUAUUAGGCUACAGUCUGAAGACUGACUUUUCAUCAUUCUAAAAUCUGGACAUGGGUUCACUGUGUACUCCUUCCAAGGGCACCACGUGACAGUUGGUAAGGGCAGGGCAGUUCCAGGGCCUAGAAAGAGAGACACAAAAUAGAGGACUAACUCCACCUGGCAUUCCUCAGUGACCUGUUAGUAUUCAGUUAACCAGGUUUAUUUGUGGGAAGAUACUAGAAAGAGAAAUAAAAGAGGGUUCAAUCAAAUUACCUACUUUUAGAG